CAUUUGAAUGUUAUGAAACUGUUAUAAAAAUUCUCAUGAAAUAAUCGGGAUAAUAUUAAAAGUUGAUAAAAUCCGUUAUUUCAGAAUAUAUGUCAUAAACAUAUCCAAAAUGUCUAAAGUGUUAAUGAUUAGAAAUUUACCGACUGGUCUCUCUUUGCACGACAAGGAACAACUAUUAAAACAUUUUGGUGCAGAACUAGUGUGGGAAUCCAGAUUAAGACGGCAUUAUGUGUUUGCAUCAUUCGCUACAGUCGAGAAAGCUAAAGCAUCUAUGUCUAGAUUACACCAAUUAGAAAUAGGGAACAAAAGAUUAGUAGUAGAGUUUUCUUUUGCAAAUGAAACAAUACCCCAAAAAGAGGGUGCCACACAAGAAGUAUUUUCUUCCACAACAAAAUUAAUUAAAGAGUUUUUAAAACAUGUGAACGCUUGGAAUCCUUCUAUAGACUUUUACCAACCACCACCACCUUACUUAAAAUACAAGUAUCCUGAAAUCAGCCCUAUAGCUGCAAUUAAUAUUGUAUAUACUCUCUUAAACCAUAAACCAUUCUAUAUACAGGCAUUACAUUUAAUGAAUAAAAUGUCCCUUGAUGUGCCUUUUAAAGAAAAUCAAAAUAGUCUUGCAUUUUUUAAAGAAACAUUUAAGCCAUUUUUUGUAGAUGUACAAGCACCUAUGUCUGCAGAAGAAACAGAAUCUGAAAUAUCAAGUGAGGAAACUGAAAAAAGGCAACAAACCAUUCCAAAGCUGAUUAAAAGGAAACGGAAGUUACCAAUUCCAUCCCGAAAACUUCCAGGGACUGUGCCAUCAGCACCCAAAAUUACAAAAACAGGAGCAAGCCAAGAAGUGUUUGAGACUGUACCUCAAGUUGGUACCUGUCCAAAAAAAAUAUCUGUGGUAGUCACACAGGAUGCACUACAGAAACCUGUCCAAGAACCAGAUGUUGUUGGGGAGUUGGGUAAAUUCCAAAAGGAAGAAACGCCUAUUGUUGAAACUAAUAAAGAGGAACCAGAGACACCCACAAUAACUAAAGCAAUACUACUCAAAAACCGAAUAUCCUAUAAGGACAUGAAAAUAUUGCCCAUAUUCAAGAAUUACCAUCCUGGCCAACCCUCAAUGAGAUUGUAUAUUAAGAAUUUGGCUAAAUCUGUUACAGAGGCAGAUGUAAAGAGUAUCUAUAGAAGAUAUAUUGAAGAUUUGGUUGAAGAAGAAGAGAUAGGGUUUGAUGUGAGAGUAAUGCAAGAGGGCCGCAUGAAAGGACAAGCAUUUGUGACUUUCCCUUCAAUUGAAAUUGCAGAGGUAGCAUUAAAUGAAACAAAUGGAUACAUGUUGAAAGAGAAGCCAAUGGUUGUUCAGUUUGCUAGAGUUGCAAAUAAAAAGACUACUGAAUGAA